CUGGAGUGGGUUUUCAGGGCCUGCCCACCACCUCACCUGGGGGAGGAGCCAGGCUGGUCCACGUCCUUGACUUGAGCUGUCAGAGGCCAGGCCAGAGGUACACCACGCUGGGGAGCUGCUGCCCGGAGCUAAGACCGAGACGCUGGGCCCCAGAGGUUUUGUCCACGCCAGGCUGCCCAGGAAAGGAAUGAAGCCAGGGGCGCCUCAAAGUCCAGCCUGGUGGUGACUGAGGAGCAGCUGAGCACUGAGCUGGCAGCAAUGGGGCCUGGAGUUUCGGGAAAUGGGGUCAGCACUGGGACAGUUCCCCGCUCAGCGCCGGGUCCGGGAGUCAGCCUGCACGCCCAGGACAUCGCCGUCCUGGUCGUCUACUUUGUCUUCGUCCUUGGCGUUGGAGUCUGGUCAUCCUUCCGUGCAAGCCGAGGGACCGUUGGCGGCUACUUCCUGGCGGGGAGGUCCAUGAGCUGGUGGCCCAUUGGAGCAUCUCUGAUGUCCAGCAAUGUGGGCAGCGGCUUGUUCAUCGGCCUGGCUGGGACAGGGGCCGCUGGAGGCCUUGCUGUGGGUGGCUUUGAGUGGAACGCAACCUGGCUGCUUCUGGCCCUUGGGUGGAUCUUUGUCCCUGUGUACAUUGCAGCUGGUGUGGUCACGAUGCCACAGUACCUGAAGAAGCGAUUCGGGGGCCAGAGGAUCCAGGUGUACAUGUCUGUCCUUUCUCUCAUCCUCUACAUCUUCACCAAGAUUUCGACUGACAUCUUCUCUGGAGCCCUCUUCAUCCAGAUGGCCUUGGGCUGGAAUCUUUACCUCUCCACGGUGAUCCUGUUGGUGGUGACAGCUGUCUAUACCAUCACAGGGGGCCUCACGGCCGUGAUCUACACAGACACUCUGCAGAUGGUGAUCAUGGUGGGGGGAGCCCUGGUCCUCAUGUUCCUGGGCUUUCAGGAGGUGGGCUGGUACCCAGGCCUGGAGCGGCGGUAUAGGCAGGCCAUCCCUAAUGUCACAGUCCCCAACACCACGUGUCACCUCCCCCGGCCCGACGCCUUCCACAUGCUCCGGGACCCCGUGAGCGGGGACAUUCCUUGGCCGGGCCUCAUUUUCGGGCUCACGGUGCUGGCCACGUGGUGCUGGUGCACCGACCAGGUCAUUGUGCAGAGGUCUCUCUCCGCCAAGAGUCUGUCUCACGCCAAGGGAGGCUCGGUGCUGGGGGGCUACCUGAAGAUCCUGCCCAUGUUCUUCAUCGUCAUGCCCGGCAUGAUCAGCCGGGCCCUGUACCCAGAUGAGGUGGGCUGCGUGGAUCCUGACGUCUGCCAAAGAAUCUGUGGGGCCCGAGUGGGAUGUUCCAACAUCGCCUACCCCAAGCUGGUCAUGGCGCUCAUGCCCGUGGGUCUGCGGGGCCUGAUGGUCGCAGUGAUCAUGGCCGCCCUCAUGAGCUCACUCACCUCCAUCUUCAACAGCAGCAGCACCCUGUUCGCCAUUGACGUGUGGCAGCGCUUCCGCAGGAAGGCGACAGAGCAGGAGCUGAUGGUGGUGGGCAGAGUGUUUGUGGUGCUCCUGGUCGCCAUCAGCAUCCUCUGGAUCCCCAUCAUCCAAAGCUCCAACAGCGGGCAGCUCUUCGACUACAUCCAGUCCAUCACCAGCUACCUGGCCCCGCCCAUCACUGCCCUCUUCCUGCUGGCCAUCUUCUGCACGAGGGUCACAGAGCCCGGAGCCUUCUGGGGCCUCAUGUUUGGCCUGCUGGUGGGGCUUCUGCGCAUGAUCCUGGAGUUCUCGUACCCAGCCCCAGCCUGCGGGGAGGCAGACCGGCGGCCGGCCGUGCUCAAGGACGUCCACUACCUCUACUUUGCACUCCUCCUCUGCGGGCUCACGGCCAUCGUCAUCGUCACUGUCAGCCUCUGCACAACCCCCAUCCCUGAGGAAAAGCUCGCUCGCCUGACGUGGUGGACACGGCACCGCCCCCGCCCUGAGCUGGAGAAGGAGGCCUGGGAGAGAACAGCAGGGACAGCGGACACGGCAGGGACAGCAGACGUGCCAUCUGGGGAGGGCCCUGCAGGGGCUGGAGGGGCAGAGAACCCCAGCCAUGGCCGGGAGCAGCCUGCAGCCCCACGCAGGUCCUGGGGACAGCUGCUCUGGGGCUGGCUGUGCGGGCUCUCGGCGGCCCCGGAGCAAGCGCUGAGCCCCGCCGAGAAGGCCGCGCUGGAGCAGAAGCUGACCAGCAUCGAGGAGGAGCCGCUCUGGAGAAGAGUCUGCAACGUCAACGCCGUCCUCCUGCUGGCCGUCAACAUCUUCCUCUGGGGCUAUUUUGCAUGAUUCCGCAGGCCUGGCUGAGCCAGGCCUGGCAGGCGGGAGAUAGCCUUUCCUCCCACCUCGCUGUCCACACCGAAUCCUCAGAGGCUGAGUCUGCAGGAGCCCCUGAAGAGCACACCAUCCAGGCUGCACACUGAUGGGUGGAGCCAGGAGGCCCAGAGAGGGCCCUGGGCCUGGGUCAGGCCACACAGCAGGACUCGCACUGGGUCCCGGGCUUCAGCUGUCUCCACUACAGUACCUUUCACUCCUACCUCAAAAACACUGUUUCCACCCUCUGGUGAGUCCAUUCAGGAGCUUUCACUUUGCAUGUGUCAUGAGGUCAAAAAAGUGGACUAUACAAGAAAAAGUGGCAAGAAAGAUGCAAAAAUCUUCGUGCAUCUUUGCUCACUCAUAUCCCUUCCUUGUCCCCCUUCUCUCUCCUUUACUCUCUGGCUCCCAAUCUCCAGUCACCUAUUUCCAGCAGGGAUCUCCCCAGGAGGGCCUUAUCCUUUCAUUAGCGGCUCCAUAGUGAUGGCUGUCAGACCAGAAGGAAUGAGGGACCAGGGUAGAGGGUAAGCAUGGUAGCAGAUGGCAUUUGGGUAGGGAGCUCCCCCUUGGCACUACUCAAAUCUGCCUCUUCCUACCCUCACAUCCAAACGUGCACCAAGUCUCCAAACGUGCUCCAAGUCUCCAGGCCUUGAGGAACUUGAAGGCCAGCUGGAGAGACAUGACUUGCUGGAGACAAAAGGUAUCAAGACUGGCUGCUCUGUGCUCCGAGCAAGCCCUGCAGAGGGGCAGCGCGGACAGCCUAGGAGCCCCUGCAGCUGCGCCUGUGCCCCCUCCCUCUGCCUGCCAGGCAUCCGGCUACCCUGAAAACACAGGGACCUUGCCUGGGUGUCCCUCCUCCAGGAAGCUGCCCACAGCUGGAUCAAAGUCCCAUUUCUGCUCCCAUACCCCCUGGACCUGCUUCUGUAGCAGCACUGAUCACUGUACUGUGAGGUUUACCUGCUGGAUCAGACUGAACACUCAAAGGAGCGGGGACCAAGGAUGGCGUCCCAAGUGACUUUGUACCCAGAAAGUAACAGAUGUUGCUUUAGUAACAGUAAAAGUUGAACUGGUAAUUCUCCAAAGUCCUGGUAGGCUUUGCACUGUGGCUGGCUGGGUGGGGAGGUGCGGAGCGGGCGGUGGGAAGGAAUAUCCUCUCAGCUGGAGUUUCCACGCUGAGUCUCAGAUGUCUAGAAUGAAACCGCAGCCUUGUUCCAUUGCCAAAGACACCUGUGAGAAUGUGCCUUCCUUUUUCUGUCUUCCUGUCUAAGCUGUCCCUGCUCUCAGGGAACCCUCUUUAAUGCUGCCUUUGAUCAUCACUUUAUGCUAAUCACUCAUAACUGAGUACAAAUAAAAUUCUUGUUU